AUGAUCUCCCAACAUACUGGUAACUGGAAAACAAUCGCUCAGUCGGCACAAGAAGACUUACGAGCCAAAAUCCCUUCAGAAUGGCGACUGGAGGACGACCUGAUAACAUCAAGCAUUUCCAAUGUUUCCGACGUGAUAUCAAAAAGCAAGAUUCUCUCAGAAUCGGAGCUCAUGAUGACUAGCGUUGGUGACGCGACAGAAUUGUUGGUCCACCUGCGCACAGGAGAAUGGUCUGCCGAGGCAACGAUGAGAGUUUUUUGCAAACGUGCUGCGCUUGCUCAUCAACUGGUGAACUGUCUCACGGCCAUUCGCUUUAAUGAGGCUAUAGAUGCCGCCAGGAAGCUAGAUAAUCACUUGAAGAGUACGGGAUCUCCAAUGGGUCCUCUGCACGGCCUGCCAUUGAGUGUUAAGGACCACUUGAACGUGACUGGUGAGCGUUCGACUGGUGGUUAUUGUAUGUUUGCCGACAAUAUUGCCACGUCCGAUUCUGUCCUGGUCAAGGCCUUGCAGGAUGCUGGAGCCAUCGUUUUUGUCAAGACGACAAUGCCCGUGACGGGAAUGAUCUUCGAAACGAUCAGCAAUCUUUGGGGCAGAACAGUUUCGCCAUACAACCGCAGCCUCACCUGCGGAGGCAGCUCUGGUGGUAAAGGUGCCCUCAUUGCUCUACGAGGCUCUAUGAUUGGGAUAGGAUCGGACAUUGGCGGAUCCAUUCGCAUCCCUUGUGCUUUCAACGGAAUCUAUGGUCUUCGUCCCACUGCAAAGCGCCUGAGCUUUCAGGGAGGUGUAAGCGUGCACAAAGGACAAAUCGCAAUCCCCGCGGUGGUUGGUCCGAUGGCUCACUCGGUGCGAGGCCUGGACCUGUUUUGUCGAGUUGCGACCCAAGCAAAGCCCUGGUAUCUCGAUGUUAAUGUCGUUGCCAUGGAUUGGAAAACGAUGCCGACGAUCGGCAGAAAGUUGGUAAUUGGCGUGAUGAAGUCGGAUGGCGUCGUCCGACCACAUCCGCCGAUCCUGGACGCACUGGAUAAGGCUGAAGCGACUCUGAAGGCUGCUGGCCAUGACGUGAUCCGCUUUGAGCCGUACCAAUCUCAACGUUGCUGGGACAUUCUAUACCCCCUCUACUAUCCUACCGGAGGCAAAGAGAUGGCAGCUGCGCUUGCGGUGACUGGAGAGCCCUGGCCCGUAGCAGCCAAGAAGAUGAGCAACGCACCCUCUCUACGAGAGCCAACAGUAACGGAACUUUUCGAGCUUCAUGCAGCUAGAGACGAGUACAAGAUGGAGUAUCUUCAUCAUUGGAAUUCAACGGCCCAGACUUCCGACUCUGGACAACUCAUGGAUGCAUUGCUCUGCCCAGUGUCUGCCAGUACAAGCUUUCCUCAUGACUUUCUGCCAUGGUGGGGCUAUACCAGCCAAUUUAACAUACUCGAUUAUCCUGGGAUUACUCUUCCAGUGGGAGUUGUCGAUAAAGAUCUUCAUCCCAAAGACAGCGCCUAUGUCCCCAUGAAUGAGAUCGAUGAAGAGAAUCACCAUCUCUAUGAUCCAAAUGUGUACCAUCAAAUGCCUAUUGCUCUCCAACUUGUGGGAAGGCCAUAUGAAGAUGAAAAACUGCUGGCAGUAGCCACCAUCAUCGACCGAGAAUUAAACAAAGGAAAUAUAUAG